AUGGAUAACUCUCAUUCUUCGCCGAAUUCAAGUCCUCUCUACAUAGGCCAAGAAUGUAAGGAGUUAUCACUCAUAUUGCUAUUAGAAAAAGGUUGGAUUGCAAUCCAUGUAUCUUAUGAUCUUGUUUCCUUUUGGAAGAUUGACCUUUACUCUGACAAAGAUUUAGCUCCUAAUCUUCAAACAAUAUCUCCUCCAAGACUUUUCUCGACUCAUCUAUCUUAUGAAUCAUUGCCAAAAUCUAUGAAAGACUCGAGUUGCAAGGUGAUCUAUCUAUAUAGAGAUCCUAAAUACAACUUUAUUUCACUGUGGCAUUUCUUAAACAAGAUAAGACCAAAAAGUAGGGAAACACUUCCAUUAGAAGAAGUUUUUGAAAUUUUUUGUAAAGGAGUAACUCCUUUUGGACCUUUUUGGGAGCAUGUAUUAGGAUAUUGGAAGAAAAGCUUGGAAAGUCCCAAGAAGGUUAUGUUUUUGAAAUAUGAAGAAAUAAAAAUGAGACUAAACUUUUACUUAAAAGAGAUUGCUAAGUUUUUGGAGUGUUCAUUCUCUAAAGAAGAAGAAUCUAAAGGAGUGGAUGAUGAUAUAUUAAAUUUGUGUAAUUUUGAGAAAUUGAGUAAUUUGGAAAUUAAUAAAAUUGGAACAACGUCUAUUAAAGUUGAAAACAAAACUUUUCUCCGUCUUGGUCAAAUAGGAGAUCGGAAAAAUAUUCUUACACAUGAGAUCAUGUACUAG